AUGUCAAACGGUGUGUUGACAGGGCCAGUGCAAUCGAAACUUUCAAUGCUUUGCACUGGUACUUCCACUGGUCCUUCAGCUCUUUGGAGCAAGUUUGGCUGGUCCGCACAGGUAUUUGAAGUCGAUCCUACAGCCCUAAAUGGAUUUAAAGGCGCCGUGGAUGAUACAGGUGCAGCGAUACUCAUCCAGGACGUCAUACCUCGAGACACAAAAGCGCUACCAUGGCUCCUCACUCCAAAGAUGUAUUAUAAUGUGGAAUCUGCAGAAUACGGGACCGACCUGUGUGUAGCACCUGAAGGAAGCAAAGCUCUAGCUAUAACAAUGCAAGGCGCCUCAAAAGAGACUCACAACGUUCGCUCAAAGACUGUUGAACUUGCCGAGACAGAACCCAUUGUCUUAUUUUGCCCUGGACUAUUUGAUGCUACGACCAAAAUGCUAAGCAAUGUCGUUGGGGAGGAACCACAGCCCUAUUUUGGGAUACAAAUAAGCACAGUUAUCGCCGAGGUUUCUCUUACUGUGUGUUCCAUGAGUUUCUCCACCUCGUCACUAAUUGGGUGUCGAAUACUAUUCUUGAUCAUACCUGUUCGUUCCUGA